ACUUUACCUUCAAUCAUGGACGAAUCCACUUUAGCACACGUGUUGAAGGACUUCGACAAGAAGGAGCUUUACCAUGAGCUUGUUAACUUGAAUUUGACCUUGACUAGUGCUGUCUCAGCUUCAAUUGACGCUGACUUUCACAAUAAUGAUGUGGACUACAAUUUGUGUCUCCGUCAGUUAAACGAUAUAAUUGAAAAAUUCAACGUACCUCCACCGCUGAAGAGUAAGAAAUCUAAGCAGGACGACACAUCCCAUGCUGAAACGUCUAAGGUCCAACCUUCGGCCAAUUUGUUCAAAGUAAUUGCCAGAAAUUUGGUAUUGGUGUUCCACCAGUUACCCACUAAAAUCUAUGAUGUGGCCAACAACUUUUUGAACCACCUCACGUUGAACACCGACAACUCGUUGAGUCCAAUGGCACAGUUGGGAAUAAUUGUGAUGAUUGAUUUGUACGAAGCGUUUCCUAACUCCUUGGGGUCCUUGAUUAGCUUUUCUGUCAACCAAAUUUAUAAAAUCUUGAAGAAGGACCCCACUGUCAGCAGCAACUUAGUCUAUUUAUUGAACUCAUUGACCAAGUACUCGACAAGAAAUGAUAUUGACGAUAAGCUUCAAGCCAAACUCUUGAAAAUUAUCAACAAAAACAUCACUUUGCUCCCCAUAAAGUUCGAUAUUGGUGAAAGCACCUCUGCUGAUAAAGACGUUACAAGCAUUUCCUUGAAGAAGAACUAUAUUUUGGUGUUGAGAAACCUUUGUAUCUUGUCAGUAAAUGCCAACUACGAACAUCUUUUGUCGGUAUCAGCUUCUUCAACCUCCGGUGCCAAGAUGAAACCAGAAUCUAUCAUGUCUCACCAGCAUCAGUUCCAACUGAAUCUUUUAACGUCCAUCGAAAAGCCAAUCUUUUACGGUCUCUCGGACUACUGCAAAGAUGUGAGGAUUGCAGCGGUCGAAUCUUUGGCUCAUCUAUUCAUCAAUUUCAUCCCAACCGGAAAGUUUAAUCCAGUUGACUAUCUUAUAUCUUUGUAUAAGUUACCAGAUUUGAACUGCUGGAGUGAAGAUUUGACUAAACUCAAGGUUGAAGAUCAGUACAUUCUUCCCAAAAAAGAAUAUUCACAUGCAGAUUUUGAUGAUUUAUUGAAUUUAAAUGCUGAUCAAUUGUGCUUCAACAUUGGAAUCGUUGAGACGCUUAUCUUUUACAUUCAACUAGAACAAUUUCAAAACUCGGACUACUUACCUUCCAACUUGGAAAGUAUCAUUGGCUUGAUAUUGAACAAAUUUUCUCCCUUAUCGACUAGUUCCAAUCAUAUUCAGAGCUCCUCUUGGGUGAAGACAUUGUACCAAUGGCAGAAAGUAAUUGAAUUUUUGAUUAAGGAAAGCGGACCAAACUGCCACGAAAUCUUGGUUUCAUACUUGAUGGCAAAAUUCGAUACAAAUGAAAGGUCAGAUGUCGAGGAACUGUCACUAGCUUCUAAAGACAAGAAACCCUCUACAUUGUUCUCGUUGAAAGGAGGAAGAACAUCCUCAAAAUCCAAGACUCUGGAAGAUAUACAGCUUUAUCAUAACUAUUUUCAGUGUGCGUUGGCCUUAUCAGCAAUUGAGCAGGUAUUGCCUUUUGGGAUUGAUUUCAAUUCUUUUAUCAACAGUGAGACGCACAAACAAGAACACAUCAAAAUCUCUGAAGAGAAUGAAGAAGAAAACGAUGAUUCCAGGAGAUUGGAGUUUCCACAAAAGUCUCUCUUGGUGGAACUUCUACUUGUUUUAAUUAUAAACAAGAGUGAUUAUAUAAGGAUCUAUGCUUUAAACACCUUGCUUAAGUAUACUAAGAUCAACGAAGUUGAAGUUAACCAAUUGGUAUUGUCGUGUUUUAGACUGUACAGUACUGAGUGGGAGAGUUAUCACGAAAGCAAACAAGCAAAGGUUCAAGCCAACCUGGAAACAAAUACAAGUUCUCUAGAGGCAGUGAAAUCGGUCAGUUAUGCUUUGACUUUACUGUCCUUACUUUCCCAAACAGAGUCAAUCCACUUACAAAACUCCACUAUCGUCAAGAUUUUGAGUUUCUGCACCCAAACUUUGAAGCAGAGUAAUUCUUAUUCGAGGUCAAAUAACUUAAAGAACCUUACUUGUUGGACCAUAUUGAGCUCUUUGGUCACGUUGUAUAAUGAGUCUGAAUUUGUCAAAUUGAACUCAUCCCAGUUUUUGGUAUUCUGGAAGAGUUUGCUUACUGCUCAAUAUGUGGUUACCAAUCUUAGUGGUGAAGAAUCCGUACAGGAAAGAGAAAUCUUGGACAAUUUGAAGUUGAGAAACAUAAGUUUGAUAUGCUUACUGAACUACAUCGAUACCGUCGAUAUGACUCCCGAAUCACUGAAGCAGAUUCAAUUCUUAUUGACUAAAGCAUACAACUACUUGGGCUAUUUGGAAAGCAACGUUGAAGAAGUAGGAAAUGUAACUUCUUUCAAUGGAAAAGACUUCAAUAAAGAAGACUUUUAUAUAAAUGGAACUGGAAACCCACUUUUCAGUGAUGUAGGAUACAACAAUCAGUUACGGUCUCGGGAAGGUAUGGUAAGUUUGAUUUUCUAUGGCAAAAAGAUAAUAUUGAAGAAUUUUUCCAAAUUGGCCAUUCAUCUCAAAAAUGAUAUCAACUCCUCUAUGAUUGUUCUUCUACUCAAGACAUUUAGUGAUCCUACCACUUUCAGUAUUGAUGCAAACAAAGAUAAGAAACAGGCUAAGACUAAGGGAGCAGCGAAUGGUAUCAAUGACUUCGACCCGUCCGUCAUAUUAUUGAAUGACGAUUUCAAUAACAAUUAUGGUGUCACAAGCAAGUUUUCCGACUUUUCAACUGAAAUUGAUGAACUUCUUGCAAGUCAUAAAGAAGCCGUACAGACUGGGGACAACGGAAUCUUUUAUUCAGACCCAUUUGAGUCAACAGUUAUCCACAAAGGUAUCAUUGAGAAUGGCGUCAACAAAGAGGUCAAAUUUGUGUGUCACCCAUGGGUCGACUGUUUUGAACAAUUGAUAUUUGAAUCAGCUGUUCAUAGCAUCACUUAUGAUCCGGUGACAGUCAUUUGUGGUGGUUAUUCGUCCAAAUAUAAAACCUCCACAAAUAUCACAACCUCGAUUGUGGACUUGUCGAUUGAGCUCUUCCAAUUGGUUUUUCCUUACUUGGCUGUCAAGGUACAGCAAUCAUUAUUGGAACAAAUAAGAAGCUCUUUGGCAUCCAAGUCUGUUCAUCCACUACGUUAUAAGGCUAUGUGUGUAAACAUUUCCAUUGCUUUGCAUGGAGCUCUUAGCUUUUCCAGUUCCAAAGAUAUUUUGUUAGACAAAGAGAUUAUUGGUGUCACUAUUGACAUUUUGAAGAAAAUGGAAACUUCAAGCCCCAAUAUGAUUGAGAUCAACAGUGAAUCUAUUGGAAUAGCUGCCAGUUUUGCCCAAAAGAAGGUCAUAAGUGAACAGAUUGACUCUUAUGUGAGCUUGAUAGUAAACGAUAGCAACCCAUUGGUUAGAGGCAAAUCGAUCUUAACAAUGUCUAAGAUUUAUUCUUAUACUGGAAUAGGUGCAAAUGAUAUCUACAAUGUUGUAUCUCAGUUGUUGAAUGAUCCUAACCCUGUUGUAUAUUACUAUUCUUUGUUAGCAACCACGUUAUUGUUCGACAGCAAGUUCGCUAACAAUGCAUGGAUAUCUCCUUUAAUUUCCAACUUGUUUGAAGGGUACUUAGAAGAUUCUUUUGGAUAUGAUGUGAAAAAGAAAGAGUAUAUGAACUUGAAAUAUAAGUUCGGCUCAGUUGGUCUUGUGGCCCAGUUGCUCAAGAUAUUUACUACAACAUUGGGCCCCAACUUGAGGUCUUUGCCCGAGAACAACAGGAAUGAAUUGAGAUCCUUGAUAGUUUCAUUAAGAUACACCAUUGGUGCUUCAUCGAUUGCCGAUAAUAUCAACAUUUUUGAUCAGUUAUUGAGACUCUUGCAAGAAUUGAUUAUUUUCGAUCCUAAGUUGAUACCUAAUGAGCUUCAAUUCUACUCCAGCACAUUAAUAUCGGUUGUGUCUAAAAAUUUGAAACUUGGCUUAUCGAGUAUUCCCCCAACUUCAUUGAACCUUGACUCUAUUUUCCCAUUCAAUUCAAGUUUUGAAUUAUUCAAAUUGGGAUAUGCUUGCUUCACGGAGUUGAUCAAGGUUUAUGGACAAGAGGUAUUGACGAAAGAAGUGGUUCAAUUGAUCUGGGUCUCUUUGAACAUCAAGCCUGCCGAAGAGCUGAAGAAUUUGAUCAGUAUCUGGAUGGACUCAAGUAUUGAUAUGAACUGGUUUGCUACCUUAAACUCAUUACUCAAGAUUUCUUCUAAAAAGUUGAGUCAACCAUUUAUCGAGGCAAACUAUCAACAAAAGCUUUUGCCAUUAUUACAGAGACAAAAGAAAAAGACUGACAAGACCAUCGAUUUCAAAGAUGAGGAAAUCGAGAACAUUGUGGGUGACGAUGGUGAAGUCGAUGACAAAAAUGAACCUAUAACCUGGGAGUUCAAGUUAUUCAUUUAUGAUUUAUUGAAUAAUUUAGCGAACCUAGCUUCUAGAAAUUCGUCAUUGUCGGACAGGUUGAAGCCCAGGAUUAGUGACUUGGUGAAAAUUGCAUUUGUGGGAUCAACAUCACCUAUUAAUGCUAUCAAGUUGAGAGGUAUUAGUCUUUUAGACAAAGUAUUGGCCUUAUUUGGAGAUACGGAGGAUUCUAUGUACACGGGGAUCUCUAUCUUGGAACAACAGCAAGCACAAAUUAUCAGUGCAAUCAUGCCAUGCUUCAGCAGUGGGUGUAGUGCUGAAGUUAUUGCAAAUGCUGUUAACGUGUCGUCCAAGUUCAUAAAUCUUCCUAGAAUAAAAUUCUAUUCGAAGCAAAGAAUCAUGAAAACUUUGAUUUUUUUCUUAGAGGAAUUGUCAUCUAACAAGUUCAUAAGAUUUGGGUUCUUAGAGAACAUGUCUGAAUACGGCAAAAAAUCAAUUCAGGUUUCGAUUUUGAAUUGUUGGGCAUUAGUAAGAUUGAAUGCUUAUGAAGAUUUGAAGAAUCUGGGCCUCAGCAAAGCUAUGAUCACAAAUGAAUCUGUUGAUUUUGACGACGAAGAUCCAGAACCAGAAAACGAAUUGAUUGAAACUUUGACUCGGUAUUCGACAUUGUUAAUUGCCUUGUGGAUAGUAUCCUUAAAGGAAUAUAGCUCUUUGAAAUACAGUGAUGCCAAUCCCAGAGAAUUGGAAAUCUACAAUAACUACUGGAUCAAUUUCGUCAGUGUAUUGAGUUUAGAAUUGGAGGAGAAUACAGAAUUUGUUCAAGAACAUCUUGGAGGAGAUGCUUCUACAUUCUUCUUCAUUUUGUUCAGUCAGUGUGUUGAAUCCUUGAUUAAAAACAGAAACACUGUUGAAAUUUUGGUGUCUUUGAGCAGCUUGGUGAAGAAUCACGAGUUGGUAGACAUUUUAUUCCACGAUGAAAUAUUUGGAGAAGUGGUGGACUUGUUCGAUAGGUUGAUUCUUGUGGAUGAUCAAGCUGAAGUACAGAUUAAGCUUAUCAAUAUCGUAAGCAGAUUGUUCCAAACUUAUUUUGAUAGCCAUCAGGAAAUCAUUGAAGGAUUCGAUAAGCUUUUUGAGUUGAUUAGACUUUGUAUGUUGCCAUUGUUUAACAACCUCCCCUUCUUAAGAGCCGACUACAACCUGGAAGAUAAACAGACGCUCAUGGUGCUAGAGAGUGUGGACUCUGGACCCAAUUUGGUGAUCCUCAAGAACGUGAUGACCCAACUCGUAGAUAUGCUUCCUAGAUUCCCAGAUGUGGUGAGAAUCGAUUUACAUUCGUGCUUGCUCUUCAUUAUUGCCAAAAUCUACGAGUUCAAGAACGAGCUUUUGAUUUCAACGGUAUUGCCAUACUUAAAGCAAAUUGUGGGGGAGUCCAAACAAUCCAAUCCCAAAUUGGUCAAUGACUUCGACACGAUUAUCCAGCAAUUUUAUCCUAUAAGAACAUCCAACUCGUCCGUAUUGACAUAUAUGGUGUUGAUGACGUCCGGAGACAUCCAGUUGAAUGAAGCGGAUUCAAUCUUCAUGAAGGACUCGUUGGUGACGAUGCUCUCCAAUUCAGAAACCAGCUCCAUGGGGUUACAGUGUAUCAGGUCGUUGAUUCAACACUCACACAGCCCACUAAUCGUCAAGCUCUUGGUCAAAGAGCUUAUUCAGCAGCUCAUGGACAACACCGGCAACCCCAAACUUGCGUUGGAGGUGUUGAUAUACUUUGUCAAGAGCCAAACUGAUCCGGCUGUAAUUACCAAAUUGUACUCAGUAUUGAUUCAAUUGAUCUUAAGACUCAAGUCCACUGUCAACCAGUACUAUCUACACGAAAAAUUGAUUGGCUUAAUCACCUUUAACCUGGACAGUUUCAAAAUCAUUGUCAAUGAAGGUCUCGAUGCCGACCAGAAGAAAUUGACGGAACUUCUCGUCAAGUUGAACGUCGGCAGCGAAGAGGAAGAACUCAACCAGGACCUGGAGAUUCAGUUGAAGACCUUUGGGUGAAAUUGAUAUCAAAAUUCCAAUGUGCUACAAUUGCUUAAUAACCACUAUAGUUUCAAACCAGGGCCGUACGAAAACCGUAAAUGCGCUCGAAUCAAGCAGGGCCGGUCUGAUGGAAUAGAUAAUAAAAAUUUUCGCGCUAA